AUUUUUUUGACCAUAAUCUUGCUAGCUUUGGUUUACAAAAAAGUACGGAAUACCAUUUAAAUAGUCACUGCCUUAUGUUUUACUCCAUUCCAAAAGAUUACUUUAAUAAAAUGGUAAUGAUGAUUGAUGGUAUCAUGGACUCUAACCAUCACUAGUGGAAAAACGUCAAACGGAGGCGCUUUGUUUGAGGCGCUUUUCAGCGCAAGCGCCUCCGUUAAACGAAUAUUUUUUUUUUUAAUUUUUACCAAGGCGUGCGGCGCUUCUGGACAAGAAACGCCUCCAAUAUGUUUCCGAUUUUUUUUUUUUUUUAAUAAACUGGCGUGCGGCGCUUCUGGCCCAAGCGUGCGGCGCUUUCUGUAACCCUAGCUAGCUAAGCGGCGCUCGAUCGAUUGGAACAAGCUGCGGCCUAAGGACGACGAUCUCAAGCGUGCUAGCGUCCCACCGUCUGUCCGCCUCCGUGCAUCUGCUAGCGCCGCCACCGCCGUCCGUUCGAGGAGAUUGAUUGGAACAAGCUGCGGGCUAAGGACGACGAUCUCAGGCGUGACGAGCAGCCGACGUAGUCUGUCUGCCUCCCACCGUCUGUCCGCCUCCGUGCAUCCGCUGGUCGCUCGGCUGCAACUGCUCCGGCAAGUCGUCGACGGCUACGGCUCGGCGUGGACUAUUCCGGCUCGGCGUGGACUGUUCCGGCUCGGCGUGGACUGCUCCGGCCAGCAUCGCAUAAAGAAUUUCGUUCAAAAUGGAUCGUUCUUGGAUGUAUGGACGUCGAGACACGUCUGAGUUUUUCAUUGGUGCGAAUGGGUUCAUCAAAGCUGCCGUUACACACCAGAAACAACAUGGACAUAAAGGAAUUUUAUGUCCUUGUUUAAAGUGCCGGAACUUGAGAAGAGAGAGUGACACCAAUGUUAUACUUCAACAUCUGUUUGAGAGAGGCUUUAGAGAAAAUUACAUCAUUUGGACUUUACAUGGAGAGACUUUCCAGGAUGGUGAGAAUGUUGUUCCGCGAACCGCCGCUAGUAAUUUAAAGCGCAAAGCCCCCGAUACUACCACCAACUUAAAUUGGAACAAUGAAAAUAAUGGGGAUGAUGAUUUCAAUGAUGAUCACAUGGAUGAGUUUUUGAAGGAUGUACAUGAUAAUUUUGAACAAAAACCAAAAUCAUAUGAAAGUAUGGUUGAUGCCGUCAGAAUACCUUUGUAUUCUACCUCUACUUUUAUCAAGCUGUCUGCGGUUUUGAAGUUAUUUCAUUUGAAAGCGAAACAUGCACUAGUGUAUAAAACACUUUUUAUAUGGGUUAAAAAUCACUUUUUAUGUCGGUUCCCGUAACGACAUAGAAGCCAACGACAUAGAAAGUCGGGCACUUUUCGUGUCGGGUAGUCGUACCCGUUAUAGAAUGUAUUUUAUAACGGUUACGAAUUUAACCGUUAUAGAAUGUUUUCCGUGUCAGUUCAGUAAUACCCCAUAUAUAAUCGUUUUUAUAUGGGUUAAACCACCAACCGUUAUAGAAAGUC